GCCAUAGCGGUGCUCAUAGUGCUUCCAAUGACGUGGAGGCCCAUCGUUGUAAACGCCGAUAUUGAUGCCUUCCGGCGUGCCGAUGCGCCAGCAGCGAGAGGGCAGCUGGCGUAUUUGGAUUCCUUGAGGUUUAUGCGAGCUGUGAGAAACGAGUCCGCCCUUAGCCAGCGAACUAUGCUGAAAGUGGAAAUACUCUACGAGGCAAAGGAUGGAUCUGUUUUCUCCGAGUCAGUUCUGCGAGACAUCCGUGCAUUUGAACAGUCACUCCGAAGUCUCGCAGGGUGGGCGGCUUUGUGCAACAUGUCCGAGCCGGCUCUGCAGUUCCACUGCAACCCUGGAGACUCCAUGGGCAACUACGUUUGGCCAAGGCGCCUAGAUGAUUUCCUCAAUGCACAAGGCUUCUUCAGGCUCGCCUUUGAUGGCAGUGCUUUAGAACGCCUGCCAAUGGACGCUGUCAUCGCGUACUUGAGUGAAGGCCUGGCUGCACCACAUGACUUGAGAAUGUUCUUACCGAUGACCUUCGCGGAGCCCUCCAGCGGCUCCAAGAUGCUGCGCUCUGUUUUCGGCUUCGCCGCCCCGGACCUGAAUGACACUCUCUUUCGUGAAGCUUUCCAGGACUUCGUGCAGAAUGAGCUGUACCCCUCCUUGCUGCAGGCCGUGAUCGACACACGGAAGCCGUUGGAUCCUUCUAGCUGGGAUCAGCCACCAGCAAUCCGGAUCUAUUUCCGCGGGGAUAUGCUCGAUGAGCACGAGCUGCUUGAAGCCCUUUACAGUGACAUGUUGUUGGCGAUUGGCCCGCUUUUCAUCAGCCUUGUAGUGGCCUGGGUGAAGCUUCGCAGUGCUUUGUUGGCUUUCGUUGGUACUACGUUCUUGUGCCUCGCGGCUUUGCUUGCCUACAUCAUCCUGCCGGUCCAGGAGGUAAGCCCUGCCAGCUUGUUGGGCGUGUUUCUGCUCUUUGGCCUGGGCUUCUCCAGCAUCUUCCGGAUGCAAGAGGUGUGGCGACGUUCUCGCAACGAGGCCGAGGAACACUCCCAGCGCCUUCUGUACGUGCACCGGGCUGCGCUUCGAGAGAUGCUGCCAGUGGCGGGAUCGGCUUUUUGCUACAUCCUCCUCCGGGACUCCAAGCUCGUGCCACUGCGGGAGUUCGGGGUUUUCAUUGGAACAUCUAUUUUCUUGGCCUGCGCGUUCGCCCUCCUCUGCUUCGUACCAUUCCUGCUUAUGCACGAGCGCACCUUUCGACCCUGGAUUCGGCGAAAGUGCCCGAAAAAGUUGGUUGGAGUGCUCGAGCCUGCCGAGCUGAAGCCAGACUGGAGUGAUGUGGCCGAGAAGGUCAUGCUUGCAGUCAAUCGGCCGAAGCCCGUACUUGCAGGUGCUGGUCUCGCUGUUGCCGUGGCUCUGAUUGUCGCCGUGGCUGUGACGGCCUCCCAGCCACACCCAGCUUUGCCGGAGGUUUUCCCGCCGGAGCACCACCGCGAGGCCGGCAGGCCAAUGAUGCAGAGCUUUGCGCCCUCCUCACUGGCAGAGGAAGAAGCCCCACUCACCAUCCGAAUGUGCGAGCCCGGCCGCGGAUUGGAUUCGUGUGUGCUGCAUUGGUGUGACCUGGAGAACACGCCGAGCAACAAUCUGACCUCCUGGCCAGCAUCUCAAGCCGCCACUUGUAGGUGCUACUCACAGCCCCAGACCGCGGCCUCGUGCACGAACAUCAGCCUUUCGCUCGUUGUGAGUGGGCCUCGUCCGGCGUCCUUAACGCAGGAUGUGUUGCAUGCGCAGGCGCUGAGCUUCGUUUCGGCGGAGUAUGCAGAUGCCAACUCCGUAGAGAUCACCUCCGCUACCAGCCGCCGGUUGCAGUCCGUGGUUUUGGAGGACUGGCCGUCGGGGACGACGCAGGUGGAUCCCCUGACGCAGCUUCCUCCCAUAAACCUGGGUUUUGCCACGGCCAGGAGGUCAAGCAGCUCCUGUGAAGACUCGAUCUACUGCUACUGCAGUCCAAAAUCCUGUACGACACCGUCAGGAUACAGAAGAACUGUCAAUGACCUAACGUUGCCGGCGCCGCCAGACAGCGCAGACAGCACGCUCCAGCCACAGGGUCGGCCGAGUUUGGAGGUCAUCGUCCUUUUCGGCAUCUCGCAGCGGGAGGACAGAUCGACACUGAGUGGCACAUUCACGGCGGGGUUCGACUCGGACUUUGAUCCUGCCAGCCCCUGGUCACAGCGAGCCAUGCUACGCGUUUGCAACGAACUGCCAUCGGAGCUGAACAUUCUCAGCUCCAACUGCUGGAUUCAAGACUUCCGUAACUGGCUCAUAGGUCGCGGACAGAAGUUUCCCGUCGAUCGUUUUUUGGACUUCCACCAAACUCUCAAGGAGUUCUUGGUGGGUCAUCCUUCUGCUGCAUCAGCGAUGUGGCUGAACGAGGCAAACAACCUCACCGCGACGAUGUUCACUUUUCAGGUCAUCCCGACAGAUGGAGCCGACGCCACCCUGGCGAUGAGAGACCUGUGGCUCAACUACAUCGACGGCCUGAACAGCGAAGCAACAUCCACUGCAGCGGGCGCUUGGGUCACGUGCCAGGCUUGGGUGGACAUGGAAGCCUUAAAGGAGGCCCUCGACAGUUCCUGGCAGGUCCUGAUCAACGUCAGCUUGGUCGUGGCAGGGGUGGGUAUCUUGUGCACCCUCGAUUUGGAGCUGGUGCUCGGCCUGCUGGUGGUAGCCUUCGGGGUGUGCGCCUUCAUCGUCUUCUUUUUCUUUGCCCUGUGUGGGUGGUCCUUCGGCCCGUGGGAGCUCACGAUCAUGACCGUGUUUCUUUCCUACUCGGUGGAGCCCGCCUUCCAAAUGGGCUACGACUUCGUGAUGCCAGGGAUGCCCCAAGGAUUACAGCCUGAGAACAAUGUGCAGCCGGCGGAAGGCAUGAGAGCAAUUGCGGCAGGUGGCGACUUGGCCUUGGCCGGGAGCGCACACCCGGAACCUCCAGGAACGGGCGCGGAGGCUGGCCCGAGCGCAGACGGCCUUUCUAAGGCGAGCGACCUCCAUCCCAAGGAGGACGAGUUACCAGAGGCAGCCGUCAAACGGUCCGUUCACGCCGUCGCCAAGAACUUGAUUUCCAAUUCUAUCAAGCUGAUGUUGUGUGGAAUCAUGCUGGCACCAUGCCAGCUGCGCAUCUUUUCCCGAUUGGGAGCGAUUUCAAUCCUUCUUCCAGUGCUUUGUCUUCCGUCUGUACUUGUCGUGUACCCUGCGCUCAUCAUCGCUUCCGGGCGUACGCGACGCGAGCCCGACCUCGUUCUCAUGGGCAAGGUGUUCUUGGACAAGGCAUCUUGGUUGUG